GUGGUGCUGGAGGGGGAAGCCAUUGGCACCCGGACGUCGAGCGAAGCAGGAGAGAGGGAAGAAGGCGGGAAAGACGAUUGGAAGCGGCGCGCGUCUCCCACCGCCCGCCCGUUCAAACCCCGGCGGCGGUUGCCGGGGGAACCGCCACCGCUUGGCCAAUCAGCGACCACCCGGGGGCUGUUGCUGGGUGAAAAAGCCCCCGCUCGGCCAAUCAAGGACCACCGGGACGCUGUUGCUAGGUGGAAAAAAGCCCCCCCGCUCGGCCAAUCAAGGACCACCCGGGGGCUGUUGCUAGGUGGAAAAGCCCCCCCGCUCGGCCAAUCAAGGACCACCCGGGGGCUGUUGCUGGGUGAAAAAGCCCCCGCUCGGCCAAUCAAGGACCACCGGGGGCUGUUGCUGGGUGAAAAAGCCCCCGCUCCGCCAAUCAAGGACCACCGGGGGGCUGUUGCUGGGUGAAAAAGCCCCCGCUCGGCCAAUCAAGGACCACCGGGACUCUGUUGCUAGGUGGAAAAAAGCCCCCCCGCUCGGCCAAUCAAGGACCACCCGGGGGCUGUUGCUGGGUGAAAAAGCCCCCGCUCGGCCAAUCAGCGACCCCCAGGUGAAAAAGACCCCGUUCGGCCAAUCAAGGACCACCCGGGGGGCUGUUGCCAGGUGGAAAAGCCCCCGCUCGGCCAAUCAGCGACCCCCCAGGUGAAAAAGACCCCGCUCGGCCAAUCAGCGACCCCCCGGGGCAGUUAAAGCCCCGCUCGACCAAUCAGCGAUCCCCCCGGGGGGCUGUUGCUGGGUGACAAAAAGCCCACGCUCGGCCAAUCAGCGACCACCGGGGGCUGUUGCUGGGUGGAAAAGCCCCCGCUCGGCCAAUCAGCGGCCCGGUUGGGGUCUUCCCUCCAAAAUGAGGGGCAACGGACGGCGAUGGCGAUGGCUGCUCCUCCUCGGCUUCUUCUUGCUCGACGCUGCGGCCCUGGGGAUGCACGUGGGUCAAGUGAGCAUUUCUUGUGCUGGUGAAGAUUUCUCCCUGGCGCUCCUGCGAUUUGCAUUCGACGGCGAAGAGUACAUCCGCUUCGAAUACUCCUUGAACAAGUUUGUAGCCAAACACCCCCUGGCAGAGCCAUACGCCGAUGAGCUGAACAAAAAUGAGAGAGUUAUCAGCAACGUUGCCCGUUACGUUCGCCGCUGGCCGUUAAUCUCUAAGAUAGUUAAAGGAGGCAUCCGAGCUGAGACGGCGAAGCCUGCGAUCACGAUCACCUCAAGGCGUCCAAAUGCACAGGGACAUCCCUUGGUCCUGACCUGCAGAGUGGAUGGGUUUUACCCGAUGGACAUCAACACCACCUGGUUGCGGAACGGCAAAGACAUCGACCAAGAGGUGCUAAGGAGCAACAUUCUGCCCAACUUUGACGGGACGUUCCAGAUGAGACUGCAGCUUAGUGUUGACCCCAGUGGAAUCGGCGACACCUAUUCCUGCCAAAUCACACACACAAGCGUGCCUGACAACCUGACUGCAGUUUGGGAUCCCCAGAACCAAAACUUAUCAGUCUAUGGAUAUGUGGUUGGAAUAAUGGCUGGAUUAAUCGGUAUUCUGAUUGUUCUAUCUGCAGGAGUCAUGAGAUGGAAAGUGAACCAGAGCCAAGACUCACAACUUGGGCCGAACCAGAGCCAACCCAUGACCUCUUCGGAUAUGUCUUCAGAUGUCAGUGCAGAGCGUGAAGACAUCCAACUUUGUGAAGACGUCACAUCUUUGCCGAGCCCCGUCUCUGCAAAUAUGUCAGAAGUUUAAAAACGAAUUGCCCAAUAAAAUCCAGCGACCAGCCUCUUGAAGACCUCA